GCUCCGCACACCGAAGGAUAUUUAAUCGAUGUAAAUUCAAACAUGUUUGUCAGUAGUUAAUCGUGAAGCUACCAUUUGGCUGCAUAAGACCAUGUCUCUCGAUCAGAAAUUUGAAGGAGCUGUAGAGGCUGUGAAAACUCUAACGAAACGUCCCACCGAUCAAGAGUUCUUAGAGUUGUACGCGUUAUAUAAGCAAGCAACCGUGGGCGACAUUAAUACCACCAGACCUGGCAUGCUCGACGUGAAGGGGAAAGCGAAAUGGGACGCUUGGAAUUCGAAAAAAGGCACGUCGCAAAACGAUGCGAAAGAAGCUUACAUUAAAUUCGUCGACACCUUGCUGGCCAAAUACAAAUAACAUUUUGUAAAUUGUUCCUAAAUUGUAUUUUAAGAGGUGGUAUUUUAAAAUAAAAAUAUAAACCGGCACUUGUUCCAUUCCA